CGUGAGCUAUUAGCUGACCACUUGGUGCCAAUUUCUAUCGGUAGCCGAGAUCGCAGGAGUCAAUGGACCAGUGGGUAAGAUCCAUCAACCUCGGCAGGAGAUGGAGGGGUCCUUGGGCACUACCAAAGCCUGUGGAAGCAGUGGCGGUUGUAGUUUUUCUAGCCGUUGGGUUCUCGGCUUUCGUGGCAAUUGGACGCCGUGGAAGAACUCUUGGUCAAAUCACAUUUGGUGAUUCAACUCAUUGUGAUUUCCCCGCGAUAUUCAACUUCGGUGAUUCGAACUCCGACACGGGCGGCCAAUCAGCGGCGUUUCAUCGGCUUCUCUCUCCCAACGGGGACACCUUCUUUGGUAAACCAUCGGGGAGGUACUGCGACGGACUAAUCCUCGUUGAUUUUAUAGCUGAGAAGUUGGGAUUGCCAUACUUGAAUGCAUAUCUGGAUUCUAUAGGGACAAAUUUUCGACAUGGAGCAAAUUUUGCUACAUCAGGGUCUACGAUUCAGCCAGUAGAUGCCAAAAUAUAUGGUAUGGGUUUUAGCCCCAUAUCUCUUGAUAUACAGCUUUUGCAGUUUGAACAAUUCAAAGCGCGAACCAUUGAGCUAUACAAGGAAGGUGGAAGCUCGUACAUCAAAAGCAGUCUCCCACGACCAGAGGAGUUUUCCAAGGCUUUGUACACAUUGGAUAUUGGACAGAAUGAUCUUCACGGUGGGUUGUGGUCGAUGACAGAGAAGGAAAUACUGGCAUCAAUACCAUAUAUCAUCAAUCGAUUUUCCCAGGCAGUGGAGAAACUAUACCAACUAGGAGGAAGAGCAUUUUGGAUACAUAAUACAGGUCCUAUUGGCUGCUUGCCCUAUGCUGUUACAUAUUAUGCUCCAAAGCCGGAAAAUAGGGACCAAAGUGGUUGCGUGAAGUCCCACAAUGAGGUCGCCGAAGAAUUUAACGGGCAGCUCCAGGAGAGGGUGUCCCAACUUAGAGCACAACUUCCAGAUGCAAUUCUUACUUAUGUUGACGUUUUCUCAGCUAAAUAUUCUUUAAUUUCUCAAGCAAAGAAGCUUGGUUUUGCUAAUCCACUUGGAUCCUGUUGCGGGGGUUUUGGGAAAGACGAUGUGGAGUGUGGGAAGAAGGCAAUGGUGAAUGGGACAGAAGUCUUUGGAGCUUCAUGCAGCAAUCCUUCGGUCUACAUUAGUUGGGAUAGCAUACAUUAUUCUCAUGCUGCAAACAAAUGGGUAGCCAACCAAGUUCUUACCGGCAACUUCUCAGACUCUCCAGUCCCCAUUACCAAAUCUUGUCGAAAGCCUGAUCCUUUGUGACACAAACCCAAAACUCCAAUUGAAAUCUUUUUGGGCUUUAUAUUUGUUCCUAGCUAAAAUGCAGAAGCAGAAAAUGUAAACACAAAAAUUUUGCUCUUUCUUUGCAUUCUUCCGCAUAUUUUCUUGUCCAUAUAUAGUUCAAACUCCAUUCUUAUUUUUA